AACGCCGUCGACGAGUCGCGGUCUGUCUGUUGUGAGUGUCUGUACCGUCGUCGCCGGUAAACCGCCGCCGUUACGAUUGAUUUUUAAUUUUUUUUCAUUUCUUAUUGUCCGUCUGUUAAUCGUGCCAUAAAAAAAACAAUAAAAUACUUUUCGUUUCCGUAUAGUAUAAUUUUGUUUUUUUUUUUUGCGAUUUUUUCCGUUAGUCCGUCGACCCGUCGUGUGUCUUCGGCUACCUAACCGCGCACACACGUGCCCCGCCGUGGAGGAUUAUCGAAGAAGAAGAAAAUCACACACACACACACACACAUACAUCGGCUUGGGAAAUUGUCUUCGAGUACCAAAAUCCAGUCAACGGGCACACACGCGCGGGUCUACUUGCUAGCAGUCGCCGCGCGCCGACGGUGUAGAUACCGUACCGGCAGCUGAUACAGUUUUUAGUACCGCGAAGCAGCUGCUGCCGGCCGGGAAGAAAGAAGAAGAAUAAAAAAAAAAAAAAAGAACACCAUUAUAUAUUGUACAGGAGGUGCACGACGACCACUCGACACCGACAACAAUAAUAUUAUUAUUAUUAUUAUACCUACCGAGUACACCAAGUCCGCCAAAAAUGCGCUCCGGUAAAAAACCCCAGUCGGCUUUCGGCUUGUUCGUGUGUUUGACCGUGCUGUUUGCCCUGGUGGCCGUCGACAGAGUUCACUGCCGACCAAACCAAUUAAAAGACAACAAACAAGACCAGCCGAUCGUCGACGACGACGACGACUACAUGGCAGACGGCGAAGGCACCGACGACGAAGACGACGACGGCGGACAAGACGGAAACGUCGGCGGAGGAACCGGACAAUUGCCGGUCAUACUGACCAUAGGACUCAACGUGGAUGCCGCCGAAGGCACUACCGUGAGGUUGCCGUGCAAAGUGGACAGACCACUCACAGACACCGCCAUGAUUUGGCUGAACGGCACCAAGACCAUCUUCACCGAGGAAUACAGAAUCACGUCGGACCCUCGCGUUCAUACCGAACGCAAUCCCACCAAGGAAGACUACACUCUAGUCAUUGACUCUGUCACCUCGCAGGACGCCGGCACGUAUACUUGCAAGAUCACCAGCUCUACGCCGGUCACGAUAACCCACGAGCUCCGCAUUACCCAUCCGGCACGUAUCGUGGACAUCGAACCGCACGGCAAGAAAACCGUCGUCAAGAAGGGCGAACCCGUCAUCUUGAAAUGCCUGGUCGCCGGAUUUCCCGUGCCCACCGUCAAGUGGACAAAGGUGAGCAGAUUCGGAGGUGGAACCAACGGUGCGGCGGGUACCGGCGAAACCGAGUCUGCGAUUGUAGCGAUGGGCCCGGAAGUCCGUAUCGAGUCGGUGGCUUCCACCCAUGCCGGUUACUACGAGUGUCAAGUCGAGAACAAGUUGACGAACAACACCAACGCGGACAACACCGAACGUCGUGGCAUCGAACUGGAAGUAGAAUACCCGCCCGAGAUAGUCGUGCCCAAAGCCACGGUGAACACCGGCGAGACGUAUUCGGCUAUCCUGACCUGCACUGUCCGUUCGCAUCCCAAACCCAAGGUGUCCUGGGAAAAAGAUCAAGUACCGAUCCAGGCGCAACCGACCGUCCAAGGUUCGGCCGACGGUUCCCGGUACGAAAUCAACAGGCAGCUGGGCGGCGGAUACGGUAACGGCAAUUCUUACCAGCUGAAGAUCAAGCACAUCAGGCCCACCGACGACUUCGGCAAGUACAGGUGUCGCGCCGAAAACAAGUACGGCGUCGUUUACGGAGAAGACAUCGUGCUUACGGGAACUCCGGCCAAACCGACUUUGGAAAUCACCAAGGUGAUGGACUCGAACGACGUGGACAAGAAAAGUGGCCGCAACACCGAAUUGGUUUGGGUGUUGGACAGUUGGUCUCCGGUUUUGGAAUACCAAGUGCAGUACAAACGGCAGCAGGACCAAGACUGGAUCAACGUGAAGCACUCGCCCAAGGUGACCGAACCCGAAGACCCGACGGCCGACGAACGCCGGUACAAACUCAAGUACAUCUUUAGCGACCCCGAAGAGCACAACGACGUGAUGUUCACGGCUGCCACGUUCGUGGUCAGGGCUCGGGCCAGGAACGUCCAGGGUUGGUCCGAAUGGUCCACCGACGCCGUGUUUUCCGGGUGGAGACCGCAACUCUUAGGUGCCAAGGGAGACGAAGAUGCCAACGAAAUACUGGACCAGGGUCGAGUUAAGAUACAGAAAGCUUCGGCCAGCAGCAAAGCGGCGUUCACCGACUGUUCUUGGAUCAAUAUCGGUUUGUCUUUGGCCAUGGCAGUGUUGGCGGCAAGACAUUUGGCUGGCAACAACGGCUGUUAAACAACAAAAUUAAAAGCAACUCCCUCCAAAAAAAAAAAAAAAAAAAUUACAUAUAUAUAUAUAUAUAUAUACAGCACAAACACACUAAAUAAAAUAUAUAUAAUAAUAAUAUUAACUAUCAAUUUAAUAAACACACAGAAA